UUUGCGCAUUCCUGUAGUAGCUCUGUACCAGUUUGUCUCAUCUACGCGUCAUAAACACUGAGAGAUCCAGGAUGAAAGCCAUGCUGAGGUUCUGCACUGUUCUGCUGGUCGUGAUGACAGCCUGGGCUGCGGUUUUGCCUAUGAAAGACUUCAACCCGGAGGAGAUGAAAGGAAAGUGGUACAUGAUCGGAUUUGCCAACAAUGCCGAAUGGUUUAGCAAACAUAAAGCCACGAUGAAGACUGGUGUCAGCAUCAUAAAUCCCACAGCUGAUGGAGAUCUGGACGUGUCCACCACCAAUCUCAAAGAUGACGGUUCGUGUUGGAGAAUGGAUUAUCUUGCUAAGAAGACCGAGACUCCCGGGCGCUUCACUUUCUACGUCGAGCGCUGGAAUUGUGACCACGACAUGCGUGUGGUGGAGGCCAAAUCAGACGAGUAUGCCAUUCUCCAUGUCAUCAAAACCAAAGGAGGGAAAACCUACAUGGUGAACAUGCUGUAUGCACGUAACACUGAUCUGCGUGACGACCUGAAGAGUAAGUUCAAGAAAUUCUCUCUGGAGACUGGCAUUCUGCCCGAGAACAUUUUGUUGCUGCCACCAAACGGCGAGUGCUAAGAAGUUGGAUCAUCUUACAGCUUUGCAGUGUAUUCAGUCUUCCGCUCCUCAUCGAUACCUAAACAGCCCCUUUCGCACCCAGAUCACACGUAAACACCAAAUUACCUGGACCUGCCAUACGCCGAGAUGCUGCAAUUCAUUUUUGAAUUCAUCACUUCACAUGGUUGUUCCUUUCCACACUGGAACAACCUGGUGCACAUGACGUGAGGUAAAAUAAUCGCACUGGAUUAUCCUUAGAAAAACGGCAUUAAUUAAGUGAUUUACUUAUGAAUUAGUCCACAUCACAUCAUCAUGACUGGGCUCUCACCUAUUUUUGUCAUCAUGUUUGCAUCUCGACUCAGUAGCACUGUCUAGUAGAAGCAUGAAGCCGUGCAGGUAAUACACAACCUGUAUGCAUUAACAAGUUAUAGAUCAUAUAGAGGAGUUUGUGUUUUUCUAAUGGACAGUGAUGCUCCAAAGAAUGCCUUUUGUGUUCGUCUACAGACUAGGUUAAUGUAAAUGUGUGAAAGGGGCUUGAGAUUGUGUAAUCUGCGUAAAAAAAUCUAAAUCAGUAAUAGAUUAUGUUCAUUACUAUGGAUUACUAUACUAUGCAUUAUGUCAUUGUCCAAAUGUGGAUUUUUUUCAGACUGCUGUUAAAUAAAAACUCUUUUGCACCACA